AUGGGUGCCACUGGCACAGGCAAGACAAAGUUAUCAAUUGACAUAUCCAAGGCGAUUGGUGAUGAAGUGAUGAAUGCUGACAAGAUCCAAAUAUAUGCUGGUCUCGACAUCGCAACUAACAAGAUCUGCCCAAGUGAUCAAGGAGGUAUUACUCAUCACUUAUUUGGGGUUAGUCCAUUAAUUGCGGCUAACCUGCUUGUGCCAUCCUUUCGAUCUAUUUCAACAACUACUAGUAGACUUUUAGAAAGAUCACCACCAGGGAUAUUUUGA